AUGAGAUCCGUCACUCUUGAAAAUGUGUCAUGGAUUUUGAGGCACAGUGUACGGACACUUUUUGUGAGUGGCCUUCCAGUGGACAUCAAGCCCCGAGAACUCUACCUCCUUUUCCGACCAUUUAAGGGUUAUGAAGGAUCACUGAUCAAACUAACAUCCAAACAGCCAGUAGGCUUUGUUACCUUCGACAGCCGCUCUGGUGCAGAAGCUGCAAAGAAUGCUUUGAAUGGGAUCCGCUUCGACCCAGAGAACCCCCAGACGCUGCGAUUAGAGUUUGCCAAGGCCAACACCAAGAUGGCAAAGAGCAAGCUAAUGGCCACACCAAACCCCACCAACCUCCACCCUGCCCUCGGCGCACAUUUCAUUGCAGAUCCUUAUGAUCUGACUGGAGCUGCACUGACGGCAUCUCCAGAGGCAUGGGCUCCCUACCCCCUGUACACCACGGAGCUUACCCCUGCCAUCCCACAUGCAGCUUUCACCUAUCCAGCUGCUGCAGCUGCUGCCGCUGCUCUUCACGCUCAGAGCGGCUGGUACCCUCCUUCUGACGCAACCCCAGGAUGGAAGUCCCGGCAGUUCUGUUAGUUUUAGUGAGUAUCG